AUGAGCGCAACUGGUGGAGCUGAUAGUGAUGCUGCAGUCGAAGAAGAAGAUCAAGGAGAUGAGGAAAAAGAAGGUGGAAUCGGUGGGGUGUCUAAUAAAGCGGUGAAAGGAGCUAAAACAUUAGGAAACUUUUUAUUUUCCGCUGUGAACAAAGCCGGUGAAACAGUUUCGAAAGCUGGAGCCAAAAUCAAAAAAACAGUCGAAGAAAAUGUAAGUCAAUUACGACCGUAA